CCUCUCUCCUCCUCAUCCCCUCUCGUCCUCCUUCGACCCAUUCGACGCUCGUGGACAUGGUCCGAAGCUUCAUCUUGCGCUUCCCCGCCGUGCGCGCACUCACGAGUCGUGUGUCCCAACCACUCCUUCCGCUCACGACCCGGCUAGCAUCCCGAAAUGCCCCCUCCCUCUCGGGUUCACGACCUUUCUCCCACUUUCCCGCACGUCUCACUUCGUCGCCUCCACCUUCACCACGAAGCAGCUCAGAGGGUUCCGAGUCCAGCUACAACCUCCCUCCAAACGCGACCCUCUCCCAACGUCUCAAACACCUCAUCAAAUCGUAUGGCUGGUACGCGCUCGGCGUGUACUUCAUAAUUUCCGCGAUAGACUUCUCUGUCGCCUUUGCCGCCAUCAAUGUCAUUGGGGCCGACCAUGUCGCCAAGGCUGCGGCAGACGUGAAGGACUACUUCAUCGGCUUCAUCCACUCCAAACCCCCCGAGCCUGGCCGUCAGGAGAUGGAACCUGCCCGCGCGAGCCACGGGGGCCAUGAGGGCCUCAUGGCGAUGAUCAUCCUCGCAUACACUGUCCACAAGACAGUCUUCCUGCCCGUCCGCAUUGGGCUGACGGCCGCGGUUACUCCCAAGCUUGUGCAUUGGCUGCGUGCGAAGGGCUGGGCUGGGAGUUCAGGCGCACGGCGCGCCGCGAACGAGAUGCGCGAGAAGAUCAGGGAGAGGCGGGAUAGCAGGUCUUGAGGACGGAGGAUACGAUUUCUUGGAGUGGGAGGGGCAAACGCUAAUAUCUGGGAUCGAAGGGAGCGUCGUUCGGCAGUCUGAUAUCGGACUUAAUAGCGAAGGGUCAUCCACACUUCUCAUGUGCAACAUUCAAUUAUCUUACAUGACGUAGCCCCUAGACCCUAAUCAUCACGACUCCCAACUUCAAACAGGGGGAAUAUCGGUAUCUGCCCAGAUGUUCCGAGGUCGAUGUCAGAUGCAGGAGCACAUAUGAUUGAUAGUACGUACCCUUGAGGAUACCCUCCUUCACCAACUCCUCUGGCUUUGGACGUGCCUGGAGGGCAUGCUCCAGCUUGUCCUGAAGGCGACGUUUACUGAGCAUGUACGAUCCUCGUAUGCAAUGCAUCCCCGCCACUCACCUCAAGCU